AUGGAAUCAUUUUUUGAUCAAGAACGAUUUAAUUCUCACAUAUUGCCUACUAUUUAUAAAUCAAUCGAUAUUUUAUCUAUGAAACUUAAAACUGUUGCUCAAAGAUUAAAGAAGGGAAAGAGAAAACGAAAAAAUAAUUUAACUAAAGAAUCAGAUAAUUAUGAUGAUUUAGAUGAAUUAAAGAAAGUCACUUCUAAAAUACCGAAUAUCGAACAUGAUACUCAUACUCAAGGUGAGACUUCAAUGAAUUUAGGUAAAGAAAUUCUCUUUGACGAAACAGAUAAAAAAGACAAUAUCAACAACCAAACUGAGUCAGACUUAAGUGAAUCACAUGUGUUUCAUGGGGAAGAUAAUUUGGAGGAGGAAAAUACUGAUGAUUCUUCACUUCUUAUGGCUAAUUCAAUUAGCUAUAAGCAGCUUAUUAUUGGAACUCUUCGACUUAUUAGUUAUAUUUAUCGAUCACCAAAUGUAGCUUAUGAAAAUUCCGAUUUCAUUAUGAAAAAUGGAAAUAUUGAUUAUUUAUUGCUGAAAAAAAUAUCUGUACCUUUGAUCAAUCAAUUGUUUAAUUCAUACCAUGAAUUUGGUAAUAAAUUUUUUUUCAUAAACCGUAGAAAGAAAGUUUCUAAAGACAUGCGUACAGUUAUGAGUCAUUCUACUGUUGCAAUGAAUUUUUUAUUUAAACUGAUUUUCGAAAUUUCUCCAUGUGCAUUGGUGUCUGUUCUAUUUAUGUAUAUACAAAAUGAUGAUUAUGCAAAGUCAUGUUGUUCAAUUCUGCGAGAUUACUUAAUUCCUUACAUCACUAAAUUCAGUCGCUUGCGACAUGAGCAACUCGUUUACGAAAUGCGAUUGCGACAAAUGAUCACUGACAAAGAUUAUAUGCAACUCUUUGAAAUUUUAAAAGUUGAUAUUGAACGAGUAAUUUAUAGAAAAUAUCCUCUCCCAUUCAAUCUCAAUAAUAAUUUAAAGGCAUUACAUAUACUUAAAUAUCAUAUGUACAAGAGAAAUACGAAAAGUAUUCACUAUUAUGAAUCUGAAGAAGCUGUUCAACUUAUGUCAAAAAAAGGAGAAAAAUCUUCGUUAAUAGUGUUUGUACGAGGUAUGUGUGUGUUCAUAUUUGAUGUUCUAGAAUGCAAUGGAGAAAAUGUAGAAGAUAAAAGUUGGGCUGAACGCUUGAUGCUAUACCAACCCUUUCUUAAAGAACGAUGUGAAAAUAUAAUAACUGUUACUGAAAUCCAUGAAUCGGAACUUGAUUCUCUAAUAAAGCGACCAACCUUCAUUUACGUAAAAACAUGUGGAUUGGGACUCGGCACUUUUUUCUGCACUUUUCACAAAUAUGAACGAAAAGGGCGAAGAACAUCGACGAUUACUGAGCUUCCGCGCUAUAAUCCAUCUAUUACGCAUCAAAAUCCAUCAGUAAAACCAACAACACAUUUCAAAAAAAACAAAUUUGCAAUUAUUGAUCAGUUAUAA